UCUCAAAUCCGAAACCCCCAUUCACACCCGCCUUCCCUUUUAAAUUAAUUAUUGUCUAAUUCAGUUUAAGAUCCUCUUUAGAUUAAUCCUUUGAUUUGGGUUUUAAGAUAUUUUUCUUGCUAGUUGGUAAGCUGACCUGUAGCUGCCGUGUGGGGAUAUUCUCUUCAUUUUCAAUUUUGGGAGCUCGUUUGGGGGCAUUCCAUUAACAUAAUUCUCUCACAAUCUUGCGAAAACGGGGAAUUCGUUGUCUUUCAAAGCUGAAUCGCUCUGCAUCAUACGAGUUACAUAUUCUAGAGGUUUACGAACAUGUGUUCUUUCAGAAUACGCCUGAGGUUACGGCCUAAUAAUUUCCAAUGAAGUGCUUUUCAUUCUACUACGGAGAUAAGAAGGAUGAUCCGAAGAGUAUUAAAUCAAUUUCGGGUCUGUCCAACAGUUCCACAUAUGGCGAGGGUGAUCUGAGAGGAUCUGGCUCUGAAUUAAAUUCUCAAAAUGCUUCCGACUAUAGCACAGACUCCCUUAGGAGAACUUCGUUUCCCAGUUUGUCUCAGAGGCCCAGCAACCUGAGAGUCUUUACGGUGCCUGAACUGAAAUCAGCCACUAAAAAUUUUGGCCGCACUGUGAUGAUCGGAGAGGGUGGGUUUGGGUGUGUCUUCAAGGGAUUGAUCAAGAGUUUAGAGGACCCACCCAGAAAAAUUGAAGUUGCAGUUAAACAACUUGGUAGAAGAGGAAUGCAGGGCCAUAAGGAAUGGGUAACAGAAGUGAAUGUUCUUGGCGUUGUUGAGCAUCCUAAUCUUGUGAAACUUGUGGGUUACUGUGCUGAUGAUGAUGAAAGAGGAAUCCAGCGGCUUCUGGUUUAUGAAUAUAUGCCCAACAGAAGUGUGGAACACCAUUUUCCCCGAUCAGAGAUCCCUCUCUCAUGGAGUAGGAGAUUAAAAAUAGCUCAGGAUGCAGCUCGUGGCUUAACAUAUCUUCAUGAAGAAAUGGAUUUUCAGAUAAUCUUCAGAGAUUUCAAAUCUUCCAACAUCCUUUUGGACGAUCAGUGGGAAUGCAAAGCUUUCAGAUUUGGAUUAGCAAGAUUGGGCCCAUCUGAAGGGUUAACUCAUGUUUCAACAGCGGUUGUUGGAACGAUGGGAUAUGCAGCUCCUGAAUAUAUUCAAACUGGACGCCUUACAUCAAAAAGUGAUGUGUGGAGUUAUGGCGUAUUUCUCUAUGAACUCAUAACUGGCAGGCGCCCUGUGGAUCGUAACCGUCCCAAGGGUGAACAAAAGCUCUUGGAAUGGGUAAGGCCAUAUCUAUCAGAUGGGAAAAAAUUUCAACUAAUAUUGGAUCCUAGGCUCGACAGGAAACCCCUCUUCAAGUCAGCACAGAGACUUGCCGUUAUAGCUAACCGAUGCUUGGUCAAAAAUCCAAAGAAUCGGCCAAAAAUGAGUGAGGUAUUGGAAAUGGUAAAUCGACUUGUAGAAUCUUCAACGGCCACUAGUCCCCAGAUACCCUUGAAGAGUACGGCAUCCGCUGAAGUUUCCCAGGGCACUGAAACUAAGAAAAAGAGAAGGAUCAUGGAUCUUAAAUCUGGAGAAAAUAGUUGGUUUGUUUGGUUGUGGAGACCAAAGCUUUUAAAGGUAUGUUGAUUAUUAACAGCUUGAGGACAAUGAACCAAUCAGGGUCAAGGCUUCUUUAGGGCAAGAAUCAUUUACCAUCACCAUAGUUGGACACCAUGAUGAUUAGCUCGUGUAUAUUUCUUAAGACCAAGCAAUCAUAUAAGAAUGAUGUUCGGCCAUUCUAAUUCAGCAAUUCUCCGCUAACGAUGAGUAUAAAGAUUUUAGCUGGUGCUGCAAUUUUAGGAAGUUUUGGAAAGCUACUGAAGAAAGUAACGAACGAUUCGUUAACUUCAAGGGAAUCACAUGGAUUAUCGGAUUGUUGUUCUGGUUCUGGGCCGUGUCAUGUGGAUCAUACUGAGAAUUGUAAAAAUACUGCGGUUGGAGUUAUGUUUAGAUCAUUGCAUGCAAAAUGUAAUUUUAUCUCUUCAUAAUUUUGUUGAAGUUAAUGAUACAUAAUUGGAUUUGGAUAUACGUUGUCUGUUAACUGCCUUGUAAAUACUACCUUUAAAUCUUUAACAUGCUUGUUUGACUUUCAAUUUAGUUAUAAAUAUAGGAUUUAAAUUU